AUGAAUCGAUCAUGUGUUCAAUUGCAGGAUUUACCUGAUGAGCUUCUUAUUUUUAUUUUCAAACAAGUGAACAAUGUUGAAGUUCUCUAUUCUUUAUUCGAUGUCAAUGAACGAUUCGAUUCCAUUCUACAAGAUCCAAUUUUUACAAAUCGUUUGAAUUUCUUGAAAUGGUCCUCGAAGAAAUUCCUCAGCAUAUUUUCUUCUGAUAUUAUCUUUAAUCGAUUUUGUUUACAAAUUUUACCAGAAGUCCGUGAGAAAAUUCAGUGGCUUGAUGUUGACUCAUCAUCAAUGAAACAAAUCCUAUGUGCUGCUCAUUAUCCAAAUUUACAUGGAUUGGGUCUAUUCAAUAUCGAAGAAGAAACAAUUAAAAGUCUUUUCACUGAUAUAAGUCUUUCAUCUGAUCUUUUUAAAAAUCAAAUAACCAAACUUCUCAUUACAAUUGCUAUUGAUCGGAAUCUGAAGCAUUUUUCAACAAUGGAAUACAUAAGCAGUCAUGUUUUUACUGUGUUCAAGAAGUUAACUCAUUUAACAUUUGCUGAAUCGUCGUAUCAAAGUAUCGUUGAAUUAUCAUUUUUUUAUCCACCGAUCAAUUUUUGUUCUUCAACUCUUUUGGUAUUGAAUAUAAAGAUUAAUUGUUUUUAUACAUGUUUAUAUCUUCUCGAUGGUCGUUUCAACCAACUUCACACACUCAUUAUGGAGGUAGCCAACAUGUACGAAUCAGAAAAAAUUGAAAAUAAGGGAGAUAUUCCAAGUCUAAAGUGUUUUUCUUUGUCUUGUUGUCGAACAAUAUACCGUUACGAUGAACUGAUUCUCCCAUUUCUUUAUCGAAUGUCAAAUUUAGAAACACUCAAUUUAUCUGUGUCGAUUUCUGUUAAAGAAACAUUGAUUGACGGACAUAAUUUGAAGAAUAAAAUUGUUAAUAAUAUGUCACGAUUAAAUCAAUUCACAUUUGAUAUUCAUUCGCUAAUGAACAUUAAUAAUUAUAUGAUUUUACCAUCAAAUGGCGAUAUCCGAAACACAUUCAAAGAUUUUCAAUAUACACAAGUGAUAUGUUAUAUGGAUCAUUUUCUAGAUAGAAAGGAAUCUCGAUGCCAUGCAUACACAUAUCCAUCGCAAAUGUCACACUUUGAAUUUAUAUCAAAUCAAUUUCCAGGUGGAUAUUAUCCAUAUGUUCGCAUUGUGUUGUUAUAUGAUGAACAUCCUUUCGAACAUGAAUUUUUCCUUCGAAUAGCUCAAUCAUUCCCAUUUAUAGAAAAAUUAGUUUUAUGUAAUCACAAACCACAACAACACAAACAAUCUUAUAAAUUAUUGACUGAUAAUGAUCAUUUAUCAAUCGUUGAAUAUUCUCACCUUGUUGAACUUGACAUUGAAUGGGCUCAUGAUGAUUAUGUUGAAGAAUUUCUAUGUGAUAGAAAAGCAUUUUUUCGAAAGAAUAUUCGCCUUCUUGUGGUCGGUGAAGCUUUGUUAAGAGUAACAAAAAAUUUUACAAGAAAAGAUACUCGAAUGAAUUGUACCAAAGUGGAAAAUUUGGUUCCAUGGAAUGAAUGGAAAUCUUUGAAGUCUUUUCAGGAAUAUUUUCCUUCGCUAUUAUAUUGA